AUGGGUCACAAGACGUUACAAAUCACAGAACUGUACAUCUACCCCAUCAAGUCCCUACGCCCAGUAUCCCUAGACAGGGCACUGCUGCAGCGUGAGGGGCUCCGGUACGACCGGCGCUUUAUGCUGCUUAAAGCCGAGGCCGGCGGAGGAUACAAGAACAUCCAGGUGUACCACUUCCCGGAGUGUGCGCUCUUCCACCAGGCCAUCGACAACGACAACGAUGAUGACCAUGUAGUCGUCACCUACCGUAUCCCGGAACACCCGCUAGUGGUUCCGCCCCCUCCGGAGCAAUAUACCGCCUUACGCGUACCUCUUAACCCCGCUAUCGCCGGUCUCGAGACCGUCGACAUCAAGCUGUUCAGCAGCUCCGCCACAACUUAUCGCAUGGGCGAUACCUACGAUGCUUGGUUUUCCGCGUGUCUAGGCUACCGCACCAUCCUCGUCUACAUCGGCGAUAACCGGCGCUCGGUGCUAGCCCACGCGCCGCAGCCCGAGCAGCCACAGACGCAGUCCUGGUUUUCGCACCUGACGUCCUUCGUGCCCUACUACGGGCAGCAGCAGCCGUCGUCGUCGAAAGAAAAGGCCUCCGGGCUAGUCUUCAACGAAGCAGCGCCGUUCCUCCUGACGUCCAAGGCCUCGCUGCGCAACGUCAGCGCGCGGCUUCCCGAGGGCCAGGAAAUGGACAUGAUCAAGUUCCGGCCCAACAUCGUCGUCGACGAGGUGUGGGAAGAGUCCUCGGGCUCGGAAGACAGCGACGAUGACGCGCCGUCGAUACUCGCCGCAUGGGACGAGGACUUCUGGGCGGAGCUUUCGGUGGGAUCUACGCACCGGCUCGCGCUGACGGCGAACUGCGCGCGCUGCGUCUCCAUCAACGUCGACUACGCGGCGGGGCGGCCGGCCUCGGGCGAGCUGGGCUCGGUGCUGAAGAAACUGAUGAAGGAUCGCCGCGUGGACGCGGGUAACAAAUGGUCACCCAUCUUCGGGCGGUACGCGUUUCUGCUACCGUCUGCAAAUAGCAGCAGCAGUGGUGGCGGUGAGGCACACGAGUUAGACGCUGACGUCGCCGUGGGGGACGAAGUCAAGGUGAUGAGACGCAUCAGCGAGCGAGACACGUGGGCCUGGCCGAAAUGA